UUAUGGGGCCAACUUUGGCAAACUGAUACUCGUAAAAUUGACAAAUGUGCUCUUCUUUCUUUUGCGCCCAACAUUCCCCAAAAUAAACAUACUACCUGCAAAUGCCAACGACGUGCUGGCGCCGCCUGCUGCUAAUUAAAGCAAAUUUCGCCAACUAGUUCCCACAUUCAGCGAAACUCUCACUCUUUAGAAAUUAGGAUUCCUUCUACGAAAAAACUAUUGUCAAUUUCCCUAAUCCACUGUCCGUAUCGAUCACUUUCCUUCUUCUUUUGGUUACUAGUGAAAUUAGAGUGUUGUAUCAAUGGCAACCGACACCAAUUCAGAUCGGAAUGCCACAGCCAAAACUGUGCUGCUUCCGGAGAUUGGGCCCGAUGGCAUUGCUAGAGAAUCACCCGCCAUCGCUUACACCGAGAAGAUAAUUGAGGACGAGCAGCUUCAGUUAAGAAAAUAUAUUGAUGAAAAUUACUCCAAGAUCCGUGAUGUUGAAAGGGAACUGGCAAAUCUUUCAAUGGAGAUGAAACUUACAGCUGGGCCUAAGAAAGCAGCACUUGAACAAAUGAGAAAGAAAAUAGAAAUGUCAACAGAGAAAAUCCAUAUUGCUAAGCUCAAGGAAGAACAAGUACGAAAGGCAUGGGAAGCAGCAUCAAAAGCUGUUAAGGAUGAGGAGGAUAUCAAGCAAAAGCUCUGUGAAGACUUGAAUAAUCUGGUUCGUGAAAGUAGUAACAGUCAGCUUGCUAGAUUGGAGGAACUGAAAAGGAAGCUGGAAGCUCUAAAUCCAAGCAGAGCAUCCACGUCCCCUGCCUUGAGUCCGGCAACACGCACUAAGUAGUAUCUGCGGCAACCAACCUGCUGAUUCAAUAUAAGCCUGCCUACAAGAUGAUGGUGCAAGAGGGAGUUUUAGAGACAAUUGGAACUUGAGUCUCUGUUUAAUCAAUAUGGUAAUCUCAGAUUGAAUAUAUGAAACUUGAGUAGUUUUUGGGAUAUGGAGCCAAAUUCUUUUACUUGAUUUUUUUGUUGCUUAUGAGUACUGAUGUAUUUUUCAACUGAAUGUGGAGAAUUAUGAUUUGAUUCUUAUUGCUUUUUAUUAACCUUCUGUUUGCUUC